CCGACUCCCUUGUAGUCAUCGCUGGGUCGCUCUUCCAUGGAGCCACGCAUCCUGCUCCACACUCCCACCGCGAUGAUCCACUGCUGCACCAUCUCAGACAACCUUCACUUCACUUUCACUCGCCUUCAACCGCUAAGUCCACCACCGCUCCGUUCCCAUGCUCCGCACUCAUCCUGAGAUGCGACAUCCCUGCUCGAUCUCCCGGAGAAUAGCCUGAUCUCGCGUCGCUCCUCGCGGGUAAGAGAGCAUGCCCGACGCGGGGACGCCUGGCGCAGCAGCCGGUGGCGGCGGUGGCGGUGGUGGUGCGGCCGCGGUCAGCGACGGACCUGAGAGCGGUCGCCACCGACAUCGAACGCAGCAGGGAGAUGCGGAGAGGCCGGAGUCGUCCGCUGCCCCGCCGCAAAGCUCCUCCGGUGUACUGGAUAAGUUGUUUGGAAAGAGGCUGCUUCAGGCCGGCAGACACGUCAUGUCUCAUAAGUCUUGGAUGAAAACGGUGCCCACGGAGAACUGUGAUGUCCUCAUGACAUUUGCAGAUACUACAGAUGACCACACGUUGCUAUGGCUACUCAACCACAUCCGACUGGGAAUUCCAGAACUCAUCAUCCAAAUCCGUCACCACAAGCACACGCGCGUCUACGCAUUCUUCGUCACCGCCACCUAUGAGAACUUGCUGCGAGGUGCUGAAGAAACGGGCCUAAGAAAGGCGGUGAAACCCGAGUUCGGAGGAGGAACCCGCAGCUUCUCCUGCGAGGAAGACUACAUUUACGAGAACAUCGAGAGCGAGCUGUGCUUCUUCACCUCUCAGGAGCGGCAGAGCAUCAUUAAGUACUGGCUGGAUAACCUACGUGCCAAACAUGGGGAGGUGCUUCAUAACAUCAACUUCCUGGAAGGGCAACCAAUCAUUCCAGAGCUGAGUGCACGAGGUGUGAUUCAGCAAGUGUUUCCUCUCCAUGAGCAGCGGUUCCUGGGUCAGCUCAUGAAGUCUUGGGUCCAGGCGGUUUGUGAGAAACAGCCCUUAGAUGAUAUCUGUGACUAUUUUGGGGUCAAAAUAGCCAUGUAUUUUGCCUGGCUGGGUUUUUACACCACUUCUAUGUUGUAUCCUGCUGUGAUUGGAUUUGUGCUGUGGAUGCUCACCGAGUCGGAUCAGACAAGCCGUGACAUCUGCUGCGUUGUCUUUGCGCUCUUCAACGUGGUCUGGGCCACUUUGUUUCUUGAACGAUGGAAGAGAAGGGGGGCGGAGCUGGCGUACAAAUGGGGAACUCUGGACCCGCCUGCUGAAUCCCUCGAGGAACCACGUCCUCAGUUCCGGGGAGUGAAGCGCUGUAGUCCCGUCACAGGAUGUGAGGAGUUCUACUAUCCACCAUGGCGGAGACGUGUGUUCAGGUGGCUGGUCAGCUUGCCCAUCUGUCUUCUCUGUCUCUGUUUUGUCUUCCUGGUCAUGCUCAUCUGCUUUGAGCUGCAGGAGUUUGUAAUGGGGAUCAAAGAAAUGCCUCGGAUGGCUCGCUUCAUCCCUAAAAUCAUGCUCGCUAUCACUGUGACUGCAUGCGAUGAGGUGUACAGGAAAAUUGCCUGCUGGCUCAAUGACAUGGAAAACUAUCGACUCCAGAGUGCCUAUGAGAAAAAUCUCAUCAUCAAAAUGGUUCUUUUUCAGUUUGUUAAUUCAUAUCUCAGCCUUUUUUACAUCGGAUUCUACCUCAAAGAUAUGGAGCGGCUCAAGGAGAUGCUGGCCACUCUGCUCAUCAUACGCCAGUUCCUCCAAAACGUGAAGGAGGUGCUGCAGCCUUACGUGUAUGAGCGCCACAAGCUGGGCGAGCUCACUUUGCGAGCUCUGUGGGACCUACUGCUCUCAGUGCUGCUAAAAUACACUCGGCUGGCAGCUGGAAAAGCCCAGGCCUCGCCCACCGACACGGGCAUGCCAGGACCUGGUCUGAGAGGCACCAGGCCCGGGGUCGGGCAGCCAGACAGGAGGGAAAAGAAGUGUUUGAAUGGGGGAUGCGGGGUACCUGACGAGGAGGAGUGCGGCGAGAGGGACGAGGCCGACAGUGGGAGGUUCAGUGAAGGAGAGACAGAAGAGGAAGGUCUACUAGACUGUGGUUUGAAACUGAGGAAAGUCAGCUUCAUCGAGAAGAUGGAAAGGAGGCCACCGUGCAGCGGUCACCCCAUGGACAACAGUUUCGCAUCGGAGGGGAGCCCCACUAUGGUGGAAAAAGGCUUGGACCCGGCCUCUGUGUUUGAAAUGUGUGACGACGACGCUGAUAACGGCAUCCAUGAUGUGAAGGAGGCAGGCGGGGGCGUGGUGUGUGCGGCUGAAGGAAUCAGUUACGCCGUCGGCACCGCCUGUGCCGCUCCACCUGCAUCGGGGAGUGAGAGCGGCGCGUUGUUGCGUCACCGGAGAAGAGGAAGGAGCGCUGAAAGGACCGAGCCCAGAACGAGGAGGGAAUCAUGGAUUGACCCUCCGGAAGAGAAGGAGAGCACCACGCUGGCUCAGGCGGAGAUGGAAAGCUGCAUGCAGACUUAUGAGGACACCUUCCAGGAUUACCAAGAGAUGUUUGUUCAGUUUGGCUACGUGGUGCUAUUCUCCUCAGCCUUUCCACUGGCUGCGUUGUGCGCGCUCAUCAACAACAUCAUUGAGAUACGCAGCGAUGCCUUCAAGCUCUGCACGGGUCUACAGAGGCCCUUUGGUCUCAGAGUGGAGAGUAUUGGCCAGUGGCAGGCUGCAAUGGAAGCCAUGGGUUUGAUUGCCAUCAUUGUGAACUGUUAUCUGAUUGGUCAGUGCGGUCAGCUCCAACGGCUCUUCCCCUGGCUAAGCCCUGAGAUGGCCAUCAUCUCCAUUGUCAUCCUCGAGCACUUUGCCGUCCUCUUGAAGUAUGUCAUCCAUGUGGCCAUUCCCGACAUACCCACAUGGGUCAGAGAGGAGAUGGCUAAACUGGAUUAUCAGCGCAGGGAGGCCUUUAAGAAGCACGAGCGGCAAGCUCAGCAGCACUACCAGCAGCUGCAGAGGAAGAAGAGGGAAGAGGAGGAGAGGCAGAGGCAAGCGGAGCACAUGGCCCGCAGGGAAAGGGACAGGGACGACGGUAAGGGCGACUCCUCCGGGGACCACCACCACGACAAAAGCCACAGCGGCAAGUCGCGUCCCGGCAGUGGCGGUGUGGCGGGUGGUGGAAGCGGCGGGUCGGACAAGCCCAAGAGACCCAGCUCUCUGUUGGCUAACAACAACGUGAUGAAGCUGAAACAGAUCAUACCGCUUCAGAGCAAGUUCUCAUCGGGCGGCGCCCGUUCUCCUCAGUCGCCCACCGGUAGCGAACCAAAGCUGCCCGGAUUCUUGAGUUUCAAAUUCCUCAAAUCACCUGACAAUAAGAAGGAGUGUGCGGCGGCGGUUGCGGCGAGCAACACCGCUAACGCCGCGACCACGACAUCAUCCUCAUCAUCAGGUAGCAGCUCCCAGGAGCGUUCUCAGUCACCCAAUAAGGCCUUCAACCCUGGCAAAUUGUUUAAUUUCGGAAAAUCUGACGCGGGGACGUGCUUGAACGGGGCACCGCCACCCAGAUCCGGGGAUGGAUCAUCUUCUUCACAGACGUCAGAGAGGCCGGCUUCCAGGUCUGACUUAAACGGCAUUCCGGAUGAGAUCCCCUCACCGGGAGGGGAAGGAUCCGAAAGUGGACAUUCAAAUGAAAUAGACCAUCCUGGCCCAAAAGUCUAGUAGCUCCUUUUGGUUCCAUCUGGACUGAAGGACUCAACAUGUGAGAAGAUGUGGCGACACCAGCCCCCCCCCCUCCUAAUCCUCCUCCUGUGGUAGUACUAGAAAUGGGAAUGGGAAUGGAUUCACAUUGUUUUGGUUGUCCUCAACAAGAAAAGAAUGACGUUGACCCUCC